CUAAAAUUCAAAUUUUCAAGUUUGGUGUGCCUAAAAUAAAAAUAAUAAAAUGGAUAAUUUACGUAGUCCAAACGAUUCUUUUGAAUUAGACGUAUAUAAAAACGCAAUAAAACGUUUCGAGCAGCUGUAUACAGCUGUGCAAUCCCACCACUUAAAGAGCAACGGCCCGUUAGUAUCGAAUCUCAUUCAGCAAUGUAAUGAGUAUAUCGGGAUAUUGCUAAAUUUGCAAUUAAAGAGUACGUCACACGAAGCAAUGACAGAUUUCGAUCAAGAUAUACAUGGUUCGUUGCUUACGCUCGAGAACUACUUGUGUCGAUUGGAAAAUAGAUUGCAGCCAACAUCAAAACCUUCCUCGAGUAUUGUUCAUCUCAGCAAUACUUCCAAAACAAUUUCUGUAGAGGGUAGCAAAUUUGUUAAAACAACCCCGAAAGUAAAAGGCCUUUGUGACAUUGCCGGCCUAGUUGAAGUCAAACGUGCUUUAACUACUUUAGUUCUGUUACCUUUACACCAGCCCCAGUUGUACUCCGGAGGCAAGAUUAGUAACUCCCUGCUGCUAUUUGGACCUCCCGGUACAGGCAAAACUCUGAUCGCACACGCAAUUGCGGCCGAGGCAUCCGCUAGCUUCUUUAGCAUUAGUAGUAGCGAUAUUGUAUCCUCAUACGUGGGAGCCACGGAGAAAGCUUUAAGCGGAUUAUUUGAACGGGUUAGGCAAGAGACCAACUGUACGAUUUUAUUUUUUGACGAGAUCGAUGGAAUAUGCCAAAAGCGACACAGUAACGAGAAUGAAUGGAGUCGUAGACUCAAAACGGAGCUAAUGACACAAUUAUCUAAAUUUGAGGACAGCCCGAACAAGUUUCUGAUUUGUGCCACGAACUGCCCCUGGGACUUGGACUCUGCAAUUUUACGUCGUUUCCAAACACGUAUCUACAUACCGCUUCCGAACCGCCACGAACGUCUUGAACUACUCAAACUGCUUACAGAGGAUAUACCAUUGGAAAAUUUGGUCCUAUGGGACAUCGUCGUGGAAAAUACGGAAGGAUACUCGGGUUCCGAUUUAACAGAUCUCAUACGCAACGCCAAAAACUGCCCGAUCACAGAACUGUUGGAUACAAAUAUUUGGCAGCGUACCGCUGACAAUACGCUGGUUCCGGCGCGCCUCUUUGGGGGUAUGGAGAACUUGGUACGUUGUAAGCUAAGCGAGGUGCCGUAUGGUUGUGCUCAAGCCCGGCCCAUGGAAAUACAUGAUGUAAUGGAAAUGCUGAAAACGGUCAGACCAACCAUACCAUUAGAGCAGAUUGCAAAGUACAACAAAUUUGUUAACCAGUAAUUGGUUUGUGUAUAAGUGCUUAAAGAUAACUGUUUUUCAGAAAUAAAUAUUCAGUUUGA